UCGGGGGUAUAGUUCAUUCCGACACUGACAGUAGCAGUACCGGUACACGAAUUACCACAAGGGUGGCACAUAAGAGAAGCCUUUCGAUUUGGACCUAUUACAACUUGGAUCUCGUGGAGUGAUUUGAAGUGCCUAGUAAUGCAGGUUGAAUCGAAAUCCAUGCUACCUCCAAAGGUGGAGCUGCACAUUCAUCUGGAUGGCGCAGUCAGACCAUCUACUGUGUGGGACUUGGCAAAGAAGCGUGGAAUCAACGUACCAGGAUCAAACGCUAAAGAGAUGACAAGUUCUAUACGGAACUUUGAAAUGGGAACCCUUCCUAAGUUUUUGGACACGUUCAAGAUUUUUUUACCUCCUCUGAUCGGUGAUAAAGAAGCUCUUCGCCGAAUUUCUUACGAAAUUUGCGAGGACAAAGCCAAGGAAGGUGUCGUCUACUUUGAGGCUCGAUUUAGCCCGCAUCUUUUGGUCUACUCGGAUCCGGAGAGUGGCCAUGUGAAAGAGAAAGCGUUAUCGACUCACGACGUGAUGCGUAGCAUCGUGGAGGGAAUAGAACAAGGACAAAAAGACUUCAACGUCAAAGCGCGUCUUAUCAUAUGCACUGCCAGAGAGACCCCUGCGUGGGCCUUGGAAUGUCUUCAGCUAUGCCAGGAAUUCAGCGAGUUCGUUGUUGCCAUUGAUAUUGCCGACUGCGGCGGUAAAGAUGAAACAGAAGGUGAAGAAUAUCACCAUGAAAUAAUCCGGGUUUUCCAAGAGGCUGAACGUUGCGGCGUUCAUCGCACUGUACAUGCUGGUGAAAGUGGACCAGCCGGCAAUGUGAAGAUUGCCAUAGAAGAACUGAAAGCUGAGAGAAUAGGACAUGGCUACCACGUCCUGGAAGAUGAUGAUAUCUAUCAGAUGGUUAAAGAUAAAGACAUCCACUUUGAAAUCUGCCCAACAUCCAGCGUCUACACUGGGUCAUGUGACUCGGACUUCACAAAACAUCCUUGUGUCAGGUUCAUCAAGGAUCAGAUCAACUUUUCACUGAACACUGACGACCCGAUGGUCUUUGGGAACACCAUCAAUGACGAGUUUGAGAUUGCUAGGAAAUACUUUGGACUAUCAGAUGAGCAGGCAAUACAAGUGACAUUCAAUGCAGCACGUGCAUCCUUCCUGCCGAAGCAAGAAAAACUGGAGUUAAUUGAAAAGUUGAGGGCAGCCUAUCAUGUUGCUGAUUGAUUCAGAUCCGGGGCUGUUGGAUUCAAAUCAAGCUGAUUUAAUGCAGAGUAUACCUUUCGUUCUUGGUUAGAUCCACGAGUUCAGCCGAAAUGCUGAAGUGCAAAUGAUAACUGCAUUUCUUGCAAUGUAAUGUUUAGUUCAAUCGUGGUAAAGUCAUCUUAGCAUCUCAUUUAGCAUGAAUUUUAAUUUUUGUUUCGCCAUUUUGCAAGGCUUUUUGUUUGGUUUUUUAAUGCUUAUUUUAAUAUGCGUUUUCAUGGCCAAAGUGCUAUGAGCAAUAGGCCUCUAAUUCCACUCAAACUCGUCGGAUUUUUUAAAAUAUUUCAUUGUCUCAAAUUUUUUAUUAUUUUGUGAUCAGUUGUUUUACAUCUCCUAGAAGAUGGUGCAGCGAGAAAAUCAAGACCAAACGUAUUCCUCAAAGUCUGAUUUCUUUUGUGUAAAAAUGUACCCCUUUCUUUAAUUAAACGGGUGGGUAUGAAUGGAGCCCCACAAUCAAUCCAAAUAACGCACAAGUGGGCACUCAUUGAAAAGAUUAUUACUUCGUCGUUUUUAGGUAUUGGAAUGUAAAUUCGAUGGGUUAGACUGAAUGAUUCAUAAAUUUCCCUUUUGUGGCCGAGUCUUCCAGGUCUUAGUGUUUUUCCACCGUCAACACUGUGGUUCAUAGUCAAAUUCACCCUAGGUAUGAGACUAAUACAGGCCCAUCAGAAAGUAUAAGAAAAGGGGGCACGAGUUUUUGCUAUCCUUAGGUGAUCAAUUUUUGCCAAGCCACGGCCUGGGGUUCGGGGCCCGCCCAAGGGCCCCGAGAAAUUUUAGAUUCUAGAUGCUCUCUGGUGCAACCUUCAGGACUUUCCAGGACACUUGCUUCUGUAAUUUGGCCCCAAAUCUGCUUGCAUUUAAAAAGUGAAAUAAUAAAAAGAAUUUUUAGUAAAACCGUAAGCCAAUAUACACGUACGUACAUACUGUACCACAAAACUCGUUUUAUACAUGUAUAUGUACAUGUAUGUGCUGCGUACACAAUAGCACAACCCUACUAUAGUUCUGCUAAUGUGUCGCGCCUGGUGGCCUUCAAUUGAGGCUUCUUCAAAAAAAUUAAUAUGACAUAUCGGGAUAAAUUCACCUUCAUUAAGUUUUUGAUGAAAAUUGUAUCGUGCGUAUUUAUUCAAAACGGCCACGGACAUCGUAUGCACAAAUUACAAGCUGGGUUUGGGGAUGCCUUUUUUUUUUUAAAAAAAAAAAAAAGAAGUGACGAAUGCGGUAAUUUAUGUCAUGGGAAUUUUAAGAGGAUAGUCAGAUAGUAAACUCUGAGUAGUCGACUGGCGUAAGUAAAAUUGUCUGGCUGUUUUUAUUUGGGGAAAAAAUGUGUUCAAAGUUUCCAACAAUCUGCACUAUUAAAGAUUCCAUACAAGUAGGGCUGUUCUGGUGACAGUUAAAAGACAGAUUUCAAAAGAGAGCCAUGAUGUACGGCCCUACGUGUGUUUGUCUAAGUCGUGCCCACUGCCCAUGCAGGUGCAUCUCGAAUUGAUAUUGUAGCGAUUCUUUGCUUUGUUCUGCAUCUUAUUACAAGCUGGAAUAAAUAUUAAAUGAAUGGAAGAACAACCAUACCCAUAGAAUUGUUUGUAACCGGAUUGAGGACUCGGAGGGGAGAGGAUUUAUGAUUAUACCGCAACUAAAACCCCUUUCAAUAUUGUCCGCCAUCUUGUUUUGCACCAUGCAUCCUAAUCAUGCAUACCUUCAAUGUGGUCCAACGAGAGUCACUUUUACGUGGACCAACGUGCCACGGCCAUGAUGAAAUUGGCCCCUUCGGAAGUAAGGUGGGACAAGAACACACGCCCCCUAGCUAGCGCGCCUUGGCGCAACCACCUACCAGACUACCUAUCAGGGGUUGCCGCGUUCCAGUGUGCUACUCGAGUUAUCCCAGGGCGCAUGGGGAGAAUAUGCGUGUACUGGCUCCAGAUGAUGCGAACGCAUCCUGUCAUACAUUCCAGAAUAAGUUCGUUGCGCGCAAUCAGCUUAUCCCGCGUCAAACGCGC